CUCUGUUUUAUGAUCAAUUUUCUACACGAUUCCGAGGUUUUGUUGUAUUUAUUUAUGUACUGUCAUUCAUCAAACAUUGUAAAAUAAAUAUACCCGACGACAAAAGGCAGAAAAUUUAGCGAGAAAAUAUACACAAUUUGACUCAAUUGUGGUUAAAAGUUUUAUAAAAGUGGUAGUUUUGCGGUACAUGAUUCCAUUUUCUUUUAAAUUUUUUGGUGGUCAGGCGCAUACAAAACAUGGAAUUCGAUAGAAUGAUCUUUGUCCUGGUGGUCGUACUGGCCGUUUUUUCGUCCGUUUGCGAGGCAAGUGCGGUUGGAAAUGCGCAGUACAACAGUACUCAGCAUAACCAUGACCAUAAUAAUCACGACCAUUAUGAGCCACUCCAAUGCUACUCGUGUAUUUCGAUUGAAAAAUUCCCCAACAUGUCGGCGGAAGGGUGUGCAAAGAGGAGUCCACCGUCCAACUACUUAACCAAGGAUUGUUUUGGGUACAACAGCCCCAUAGCGUUGGCUGCUAUUCGACACCAAGUGACCUCCGGGAAAUUUGGGCAUGGUCCAGAAGACCCCAUGAACGUGCACUGUGUCCACAUCAAAGGAACAAGCGACGCUGGUGGCCAAAUCAACAUUCGAGGAUGUGCCACGCUUCCAAAAGAAGAAAUCUACCAGGGAAAGACUUGCAUACCUGGAAACGACCUCAUGCUAAUCCCCGUUGGCAUGGUCAAAGAGGUCGAGUACUGUUACUGCAAGGGGACCGGGUGCAAUACUUCGCCUAAAUUCGGGCCUACCAAUAUUUUUGCUGGCUUGCUCCUUACAGUGAUUGCGAUUACAAAUAAAUUAACUAAUAGCUUGUGAAACUACCCAGUAUUCAAGAAGAUAAUGACCAAUUAAUAAAUGUGGAUAAUGUGUAAUCAGUAUCACUCCAAUUUAAUGGCCUUCACCUUUUUGCUGUAAAAUUGCAUAUGUAAAACUGAAUUGUAUAUAACCACGCCUAAAAUGUAAACGAUAGCACGUGCAUGCAAAUGACUAAAUCAUGUUUUCACUGAUAAUUCCCAAUGUCUGUUUGUUUUAGGAGAAUGAAACGCAUGCAAUUCUGACAUCUGCUGCAAGGGAAGAUUGCAAAUUGCUGAGAAAGUGAUAAAAUGAGACUUCAUUCAUGCAAAGUGGAACAUUUUUCUGUGAGCAGGAAACGGUGAAAGUCGCAUCUUCAAAAAUCGGCAUAAUGACUUAUUUCAUCGUGUUUCUACUUUUUGCAUACAGCGUUACAUUCACGGAGGCUCUCAAUUGCUACCAUUGCACAUCGAUAGCGAUAAAUAGUACUUUCUACCGUCCUGACUGUAACGCCACAAAAGUACCUGACGCGUAUUUGAUGGAAUGUGGACAGUGGCCGUGGCCCAUACAGGAAUUGUUACAAAUCGAUGAUGGGAAUGAUGUGAAGGCAAACGGGAACGUAAUUCUAGACGACGGAAUGACGCUUUAUAAUCCGUCCCGAAUCGGCAGCAAUGGAACGGUAGCGACCCCACAAGGAUACACGUUAGACUUGAUAUGUGCAAAGUUGGAUGCUGAUAUGCAAAAUGUGCACCAUGUUAUCAGGGGCUGUGUCUUCGCCCUUUUGAAGGACAUGGUCAACAAAUGCGAAAACUUGGAUUACGACUAUGAAACUAUAGACGGAGUCACCCUAAAAAAUAUGAAAGUAUGUUUCUGCAAUCAGGAGGCUUGUAAUUCAGGAAACACUUUGAACCCAUUAUGGUUAAUCGCAGUUUUUCUGGUCACACCACUUUUAGUAAAAUCCAUCCGUAUACUAUAAUAUAUUUUCAGUUUAGGUAACAUUUAUUAUGAUUUCACUUCAUUAUAGAAAUUGUUAUCAGUGUUAUUAUAAUAAUAUAGCUUCAAUAAUUGA